AUGAUCGCCGCGCGACGCCGCCUCGCGAACCCCAUGCUGCAGGUGCAAAUUCCAAAUUCCCGGUCCUCGCUAGGUAGAAGCAGGAGACAUGAUCCGCAUGGUGCUGGUGGGAGCGCGAACAUAAAAAGACCAACGGGAAAUCGUAACCGCUUACCAGGCGGUAUAGAAGUUGCAGCUGCUGUAGUCGUAUCCUGUGCAAAAGUAUCGUACUCGUAUAAAUGCAAGUCUUGCACUACAAAUAUUUUUCUUAAGGUAAAACCGCAUUACAAAUUUUAUUUCUCAUGCUGGGAAAAUUUGUAAUGCAUUUAUACGAGUACGAUGCUUUUGCAUUGGAUAAGUCGGAAAUAAUGAUGAUGAGAACCGGCCGGCGGAGUCCCA